CCAUCUCCUACUCCCCAUCCUCUCCGCCAAAAACAAAUCAUAUUUCCAACAUUCUACAGGUUCUAAUUGGGCCUGGUAUUUUUAUGGAUAUGGCUGGAAACACUGACCUCAAAAGGUCUAGAAUACAAAGUACAGAGUCAAGUUUGCCUUCGAAAGAUGCCGAGUCUACCAUCGAGCGACCCUCCAAGAAAGCCCGAGUGGAAGAGAGCAGAUCUCUCUUCGUACGAUCGCUUCCUCCUACGGCCACCGCCGAGACUUUGACCGAAUUCUUCUCUCAGCACUUCCCCGUGAAACAUGCUACCGUCAUUCUCGAUCCCCAGACCAAACUUUCUCGCGGUUAUGGUUUCGUUACAUUUACCGAUGCCGACGAUGCGAAGGAGGCUAAAGAGAAGCUCGAUAAGCAGAAGUUGAAUGGCCGUCCGUUAGUGCUCGAGGUUGCGGAGCCCAGGCACCGUCAAGCAACCUCUGAGUCGGCUGGCGCUAUUGCGAAGAAGGCUGAGAGACAGGCAAUGUUAGCAGAGGCUCGCAAAGCGCCCAAAUUAAUUGUGCGGAACUUGCCUUGGAGCAUUAAGAAGUCCGACCAGUUGGCAGCCCUAUUCCAGAGCUUCGGAAAGGUGAAAUACGCCGAUCUCCCGAAUGCCAAAGGGAAGCUCUCUGGAUUUGGUUUUAUUACUAUGCGCGGUCGGAAGAAUGCGCAACAGGCUAUGGACGCUAUCAAUGGGAAGACAGUCGAUGGAAGAACUCUUGCUGUCGACUGGGCUGUGGAUAAGCAAACAUGGGAGCAGCAAAAACAAAACCAACCGAAAGACGAUGCUAAGCCUUCCGGUUUAGACGAGACGUCUAAUGGCGAUGAUGCGAAAUUAAGUGACAGUCAUGACGGACAGGAUAAGGAAGAUGAAGUGGAGGAUGAAGAAGAUGAGGAUAUUAAGAAUUUCAUGAAAAACCAUAUGGAAAACCUUGAAGACGAAGACAGUAAUGCCGAUCCAAACGAAGCUGGAGCGGAGGACGACGAUGAAGACCACGCUGACCCGCAACAAAAGAAACCUUUGAUGACGGAUAAUAAGACCACCCUCUUCAUUCGCAACCUUCCUUUUACGACUACAGAUGCGGAGCUCAAGACCCAUUUUGAGCAAUUUGGACGUAUACGAUAUGCUCGUAUAGUGGUUGAUAGAGCAACAGAUCGACCGGCAGGCACGGGGUUUGUUUGUUUUGCCAACGAGGAUGAUUCAAAGGCCUGCCUGAAGGGGGCUCCUCACGCCCAGCAGUCUGCAAUACCAAAUAAGAAAUCUAUUUUACAGAACGAGUUGGCUGAUGAGCAAGGGAAGUAUACUCUUGAAGGCCGAAUCCUCCAGGUAUCACAAGCCGUGAGUAAAGACGAAGCAACCCGUCUCGCAGAAACCGGUAUCGCCGCUCGGCAAGGCAAAGAAAAAGAUAAACGGCGGCUAUAUUUGCUAUCUGAAGGUACCAUCACGAAGGACUCGCCUCUAUAUGCCAUGUUGGCCCCGUCGGAAGUCAAGAUCCGUGAGCAGAGUGCUACUCAGCGGAAAAAGCUCAUCCAAAACAACCCAAGCCUGCAUCUUAGUCUUACUCGCUUGGCGAUUCGUAACAUCCCCCGCGACAUAGAUCCUAAGAAACUGAAAGCUUUAGCCCGUGAGGCUGUCGUCGGUUUUGCCAGUGACGUGAAGGAAGGCCGGAGAGAGCCGUUAUCGAAGGAAGAAACCGCGCGAGGUGGUGAGGAAGAUAGAGAGGCCGAACGCCGACGCAAGGAGAAGGGGAAAGGCAUAGUAAAGCAAGCAAAGAUCAUUUUCGAAAAUAAAGAAGGAUCAAAGGUACCUGAAGCGGAUGGCGCUGGUAAAAGCCGAGGUUAUGGGUUCAUUGAGUAUUCUUCGCAUCGAUGGGCGCUCAUGGGUCUAAGAUGGUUGAAUGGACAUGCGCUGAAGAAUUCGGCCGACAAAACGCAACGGUUAAUUGUGGAAUUUGCUAUCGAGAACGCACAAGUCGUAGCGAGGCGAAAGGAUUCGCAGGCAAAACAACGAAUGCACGGUGGUCAAAGUUAUAGUGGCCAGAACGUUACAGAGGGCCUUGGGAACGCAAAUACACCCUCCAAAUUCAAGGGUAAGGACUUCUCUGUGUCCAAGGGAAAGCGGCACGGUCAGAAAGACAAAGCGACGGACGACAAUAAGGAGGGUCAAGAGGGAUCGGCUCGGGAUGAACUACAGCAGAAGAUUAUCGGAAGGAAAAGGAUGAUGAGAAAGAAGAAAGCUCAAGCUCGCCGUUGAGACGUUAUAAUUUAAUUCGCCAAUUUUUUAAUGAAGAAUUGGCAAAUCAAAAGCAUACAUAAAUCUCAAUCUAUUUUUGCGCAUUUUUAUCAUUAUUACU